AUGGGUGGUUCACAGUUAAAAGCUUUGAAAAAUCAACUCAAGGCGAAUGGUUUUAUAGGCCAAACUAAUGCUAAAGGGAAAAAUAAGGCUGCCCGAAAUGAAAAUUCUAAAGAUCGAGAUCAGAAGGGUCGUGUUCUGAAAGGCAUCCGUGACGCAUUUAGUCCUUUUGAUAUUAAAAGAUCGAAACCCAAAAUUGAUGUACUUGGUCGAAAAGUCGACGGAUCUGUUGGUAGACCAGGUGUGAGCAAGCAAGCUGGUGAAGAUGCAAGAAGAAAAACGUUGCUUAAAGAAAAAGAAGAAAAGGGCAAGGUCGGUGGAAUUGCUGAUAAUCGUUUCGGUGAAAAUGACCCAACCAUGAACCCCGAAAUGAAAAUGCUUGAGAGAUUUGCCAAAGAAAAGCAGAUUCGAGCAUCAAAAUCUUCUUUGUUUAAUCUUGAAGACUCUGACGAGGAAGACUUUCAGCUUACACAUUAUGGCCAGUCUUUAUCAUAUAACGAUGAUUUUGAGGAAAAUGAUAUUGAUGGUUCAGAUCAGUCUGGUGAUGAUGAUGAAACCCGUGAAAUUCGAGAGAUGCGCAGAAAGAGAAAGAUGAUGGCUCGUGAAGCUGGUAUCAAAUUAGAUGGCGAAGAGGAAAACGAAAAUGAUGAAGGUCCACUCAAAAAAAAAAGUAAACAAGAAGUUAUGAAAGAAGUGAUUGCAAAAUCAAAAUUUUAUAAGUUUGAGCGUCAAAUGGCUAAAGAAAAAGAUGAAAUGGUCAUUGAUGUGAUGGAUCAAAAGCAAAAUGUGGAAGCAUUGUUAGGUGAACUACGAGAUGCUGGCAGUUUUACCAAAGAAAAGAAACUCAUUCCUACCACUGAGUUUGCUGCUGAUCAAAAGAAUAAUGAGGGAAAUGACGAUGAAGAUUAUGAACGGCGGGUUCGGGAACUUGCAUUUGAACGAAGAGCACAAGCAGCUGACAGAACCAAGACUGAACAGGAGAUUGCGGAAGAAAAGGCUGAAAAAUUAAAAAAAUUAGAAGCCCAAAGACUUGCUCGAAUGAAUGGAGAAUUUAAUAGCGAUGAAGAGCAAAGCGAUAUUGAUGACGAUGAAGAUGGAAAUGUGCAAAAUGGUACUAAUGUUGACGACAAUGAUGACAUCAAUGAUGCAACAGAGUUCGGGUUAAAGCCGGUUUUAGACCUUCAGAAAAGAAAAAAAAAUGAAAGUCAAGAUAAUGAUCAUGAUCGAACUGAGUUUGAUGAUGAUGAUUUAGCUGGAAACAUGGUUAUUGAUGAUGAAUUUCAGGAAUUUGACAGUGAUGUUGACGAAAAUAUUUCCAAAAACAAAAAAAAAAUAAACAAAAAUUCUAGGGAAGCAAAGAUUUCAAAAACUAUUUCUGAAAAGAACGCCAAAGUUGCGUAUACAUUUGAAAUGCCUGAAAAUGUCGCCGAAUUAUUGGAUAUUUUUUCUUGCCACCCAGCAAAAGAACAACCUGUGAUAGUUGAACGAAUUUUAACUUUAUACGACCCUCGUCUUCAUCCAAAUAACAAAGAGAAAAUAUCUUCUUUCACCAACAUUUUUGCUGAGUAUUUAAUAGCAAGCGCUGAUCUUGUUCCUGAAACCCCUGAAGAAGAUGUUGCACCGGUUCUUGAUAAGCUUAUUAAUAUUUUAAGGAGACUGGCGGAAAAACAUUCGGAGUCACUAGCUGAAUUUUUUCGCGAACAACUUAACAAAGCCGAAGCUCGUUUACAGUCAGCAAUUUCAAAAAGCAAAAAUAAGCAAGUCACAGAAAAUCCUUCUCAUCUUUUUCUUUUCACUCUAAUUGCUAUUAUAUUUUCUACUUCAGAUCAUUUUAAUCAAAUUGUCACACCUGCAUCUUUAUUAUUAGGCCUUCAUUUAUCGCAAAUCAGGCUUCUUUCACCCAGUGAUAUUCAGGCUGGUCUUUAUGUUGCAUCCACUGCCUUAACAUAUCAGCGCUUAGCAAAAAGAUACAUACCCGAAAUUCCUAUUUUUUUGGCUCGAGCAUUAUACAUUCUUUGUCCAUCCGAGCCAUCUUCUAAUGAGAUUCCUCACGACAUUUUUUUGGGCGUUGUUGAGUCAAGAUUUCCAGCUGAAAUCAAUAUUGAUUUCAAAAAAUAUGAGUCACCACUUAUGUUAAGACAUCUUAAUGUUUUGGAGAAAUCAUCUAAAGAAGAUUUACAAAAUGUUUAUAAUCACCUUUUUGUUAAAACUCUACUAGUUUUAGAUUCUUAUAUGUCACUUUGGACUGAUGAUACGGCAUUUAUUGAAAUUUUUUCUCCGUUUUUGACUCUUGUUAAAGAUCAUUCUGCUACUUUUGAAAAACUUACUAAGCGAUUAAAAUUUUCUCAAAAGUCAAGAGUUCCCUUAGCACUUCAAUCUCAUAAACCUGUUCCUAUUGCUACAAAGAUACCUAAGUUUGAAGAGAAUUAUUCAGUUGAUAAAAAAUCCUACGACCCUGAUGUUACUCGAAGGGAACACAAGAAAUUGCUUGCUGCGGUUAAGAAGGAACGUAAAGGUGCACUUCGUGAAUUACGCAAGGACUCGCAUUUCAUUGCCAGAGAAAAGCUUAGAGAACGCAAACAACAGGAUAAGGAGUAUCAUGAAAAACUUGAUAAGCUUAUUCGGACAGUUGCCACUGAAGAAGGUACCGAAAAGAAUAAAUAUGAACGCGAAAGAAAAUUGCGUAAGAAAAAACACUAG